GAGGCUCACUGGCAGGGAGAGAGCUGGACAGCUUGCAAGGAGCUGAAGCGGCACACCUGAGGCAGCCGGUCAGCUGGAGGAACCAGCCACGAGGUCCAGACUUCGAGAGAGGAAGAGAUGGAAGAGAAGGAUGAAGGCUUGUCUCGCAGGGCUGAAGUUUCUCCCCAACCCAAGGCCGACUCCACCACACCAUCGCCGUCCAACUCCAGGACCCUGUUGUACCCCCAACGUUACGCCGAUUCCAAUGACUGCAGGAAGUAUUUUGUAACAAGGCCAGGAGCGUUCGAGCAAGCCAUGGAGGACCUCAAGGUUUAUCUGUCAGCCAACAAGGGAGAAGCGGCCCAUAGCUUCUGGCUCCUCACCGAGAUCGAUCACUGGAACAUCGAGAAGGAGCGGAUUGUGGUGAUCACCAACGCUGCCCUCUUGGUGUGCAAAUACGACUUCAUCAUGCUCAAAUGCCUGGAGCUCCAGAGGAUCCCUCUGAGCUACAUUGAGAAGAUCUCCACGGGCCCUUUCACUUUUCCAAAGAAAUCCUUGGACAGGUGA